AUGUCUUUAGUUGUGAAGUGUGACAACGACCACCAAGUGACACUUCUGAGGAAGGCAGAAGUUUCCGCCGAAGAAUGUCAAGCCAGUGUCCUGGCAAAUUCGUUCAAUCCAUUCAAAAAAGUGUUUGCCAGUGUCAAGAACCUGUGGAAGCAGAUCUACAAUCCAGGAGAAAGAUGUGACUCAAACUGGAUAUCCUUCAAUGCAGAGGGUCUUGAAGCUGACCUGGAAAGCAAACUGUUCGGACAGCACAUUGCAUCUCGCAUUGUCCUGAAAGCUGUGAGUGGAUUCAUGAGCGACGAUAAUCCAAAGAAGCCCCUGGUGCUCUCUCUGCAUGGAAAGACUGGCAUAGGGAAGAACUUUGUCAGUAAACUUAUUGCUGAAAACAUCUACAAGAAGGGAAUGGAAAGCAACUUCGUUUAUAUUUUCACAUCUGAACUUCACUUCCCGCAUCAAAGUAAAUUGGAAACCUACAAGUCUCAGUUGCAGCAGCAGAUCAAAGAAAAUGUCACCAACUGUGCACGCUUCAUGUUCAUCUUUGAUGAGAUGGACAAGAUGCAUCCUGGCUUGAUUGACAGCAUAAAGCCAUACCUGGGGUACCACAGCAAGCUGGAUGGUGUUUCUUAUCGGAAAGCUAUGUUCAUCCUCCUCAGUAAUGCUGGAGGGACGAGCAUUACACAGACAGCUUUGGAUUUCUGGAGAGGAGGACGAGAUCGAGAAGAGAUUGAGCUAAAAGACCUGGAAACUUUGCUCUCUGUAUCAGCAUUUAACACCAAUAAUGGUGGCUUGUGGCAUUCAAGUUUGAUUGACAAGAAUCUGGUGGACUUCUUUGUCCCGUUUCUGCCUCUGGAGUACCAACAAGUCAUCCAGUGUGUCAUGGCUGAGAUGAAAGCCAGAGGACUGCGGUCAGACCUGGCUUUGGCGGAACGGGUGGCCAGAGAUUUAGAGUAUUUCCCCAAAGAUGAGGGAGUGUUCUCUGUCCGAGGCUGCAAGACAAUAUGUAGAAGAUUGCACUACUACAUAAUGUCAGCAUCUGAUGGACAAAUAUGAGUAUAAUGUGCACUUUCUUAAAACAAAAAGAAAGCCGGAUGAUGCCUUUUUCAGAAAAAGAAAACAAAAGUUGAGCUCUAAAAAUGAAUACAUGUGUGCUAGUUGGUCUCUGCAGCUUUCAGGUAUUACCAAUUCUCUCUUUACCUUUACUUUAACAAUAAUGCCAACUCAUCUGUAAGUGUGAAGCUUUAAAGGGUUAUUUUGCUGAUUUUCAACCAGGUCUGUGUUACCGAGGUGUUGAGAGUGUUUGCAGAUGAACUGUGUAGGUUUCCAAUUAGUGAAGCCAUAGCUUGACACUUUAAUCAUCCGCUUUGUCUUAAUCCACAUGUGCAAAAAAUCCACCGGACCACUCAACAACUGUUUACUUCAAAACUCAAAGAUGGUACAGAAACAGUCGUCCAUUUCCAAAUCCACAAUUAUCCACAAAAAAAAAGGUUUAAAAAAGGGAUAAAAGAUAUAAGAGAUAGCAGGUCAAAAAACUGUGCGGCUCCACUCUCACUCUCACUGCAAUGAACUCUCUCAAAUCCAAAAACUCCCCCUACUGGUAAGAGUGUAAAAAACAAUACAAUACAAUAAUAAUAAUACCCUUAUCUUAAAAAACUGCACUCCUAAAAAAUGUGUUAAGGCACCCCCUGUGCUGCCAGCUCCUAGAGCUCCUAAUCCAUCCACCAGCCAAAAUCCACCGGAUGAUGCAAAACAUGUCAGUGAUGACGCAAAGGGCAUCAUCAGUGAUGUAAAAUGAUACGUUCCGCGUCAUGGAUUUCUGCUCAAGGCACAGGUGGGGUGUUCGUGGUGCUGCUGGCAAGGGCAGUGCCUCGAAACCGUUCCUCUACAAACAGUCUCCACACCUUGGUGACACAGAUCUGGUUGAUAAGGUCCCUUUAAUUAAGAAGCCAUGCUGCUGACAAGUGUAGUCAACAUUUUAUUACAAAAGUAAAAAAAACUGAGUAAGUAAUCAACAAAUCAACAGUUAUCUGAUUAAUGUGUGUCCAUGUAUGUCCAGGGCAGGGACUGGUUCAAAAAAUCAUCAUCAUAUAUGUAUAUGACCAUUUGGGUGUGCAUAAAAUCAUUGCAUAACAUUUUGUCUGGAUGGGAAAUUCAUAAUGAAACAUAAAUUCAUUGUAUGUAAGGUGAUCUACUGAGUCGAUAAGCUGUCCAUCAUGAAAGGGUCUUGUCUCUGUAUGAUCUGCCAUCUUGCUGAUUUCUCAUUGUGACAUCUCAUGUGGUUCUGUGUGAUUUAACCAACUUUAAGUCAUGCCUCCUUCACGUUAAACCCCUCUCUUGCAGUCCGCACGCAAACCCCUCUCUCUGUAAUGCUUUCUUUCUUUAUUGUAGGAGGUGAGCCAACACCCCUGAACAAUAAACCAUCUCAGCCAACAUAAACUUAACUCUAGACAGAGGCUGGCCAGGGGGAAUGAAAACACAGCUUUUGUAAGAGUGAUCACCUGAUCUGGCAUGAAAAAACAGAAAAAAAAGGAGUAAAAUUUUUAU